AGUGAAUUCCUUGUUGCUGCAGUAAGUUUCCUCAUUCCUUUUGUCUUUUUAUACUCCCUGAAGGAGCUACCUUCACAGACAUUUGUCAUAAUUUCUGAGGCUACUUUUUGCCUGCAGUUCCAGUUAAGUUUUGUUUGCAGUACUAACUCUUCCAAAAUUUUGGGGUGCGGAUUGUUCUAUCUUUUGCCUUCCUCACAGUUAGACUACAUGAGUGAGUUUUCUUGGUUAUGUUGUUCUGUUUUCCACUCUCAUACUCUCUUUUCCUUAGAUGUUCAAAUAGUAUAGCAGUGAAACUCAUAGCCCAGAGCUCUAGUUUGGAUGUUAUUAAUUGCAACAUCUAAAGCUUGUGUUUUCCCUUCUUUUUAGAGAAAGAGUUUGAUGGAACAGCAGACUGACUGAAUGUUUCUCUUCAUAUUUGGAUAAUGGGUGUACAAAGGACUGUUUCCUGGUCUGAAUAAUUUAUUCUUGAAGGCAUGUUUCUGUAGUAAACCGAAAGUAACAUAGCAAAAGUACUCAUGGGUAAGAGAAAGGAGGAAAGUAUUUCAAAACCUGGAUCCCAGAAAAGGCGGAGAAAAGAAUGCACAGAUGAACAUAGUGAUGAGUCUAAUGAAGAAGAAAAUUUAGAGUCAUCAGCUGAUGGUAAUACCUCUUCACAGUUGACUGCCGGUGAAGUUGGGAUAAUUGAAAGUAUCCAGCUAAAGAACUUCAUGUGCCAUUCAAAUCUGGGGCCUUUUCAGUUUGGAUCAAAUAUCAAUUUCGUUGUUGGAAGCAAUGGAAGUGGAAAAAGUUCUAUUUUAACUGGUCUUAUUGUUGGACUUGGUGGAAAAGCCACUGCAACUAAUAGAGGUUCCUCAUUAAAAAUGUUUAUUCGAGAUGGAGAGACUUCUGCGGAUAUUUCCAUAACUUUGCGAAACCAGGGCAGAGAUGCAUUUAAACCAGAAUCGUAUGGUAACUCUAUUAUUGUGAAUCAGCACAUUAAUCAGGAUGGAAGCAGAAGUUACAAACUGAAAAGCAAAUCUGGAAACCUAAUUUCUUCAAAGAAAGAGGAACUAGUAAAAAUACUGGAUCAUUUUAAUAUACAGGUAGAUAAUCCUGUGACUAUUUUAACCCAAGAGAUGAGUAAACAGUUUUUACAGACUAAAAGUGGAAGUGACAAGUAUAAGUUUUUUAUGAAGGCAACUCAGCUGGAACAAAUGAAAGAAGACUAUUCAUGUGUUGAGAAAACUCAACAGAAUACACGUAUUCAGAUAGAACAAGGAAGAGAGCGUCUUGAAGAACUGAAGCAAAUUUAUUUAGAAAAAAAGGAACGCUACAAAAGCAUCGCAUUUGUGAAUGACAUGCGAAGACAUCUCGAAGAUUUGAAACAUAGUAUAGCGUGGGCAGUGGUGAGUGAGAUGGAAAAAGAAAUAGAGCCAAUCAAAGAAGGCAUCAAGGCUGAAGAAGCAAAUACAGAGUUUAUUCAGAAGGUAGAAGAAUGGCAGGUAAAAGUGAAUGAAGCAGAAAAAAAGUACAAAGCAAUACAAGACAGAUUAGAAACAGUAAGUGAAGAAGCACAAGCCCUUCAUCCUCAGUGUAUUUCUUUGAAGGCUGAAGUGCAGGCAAAAAGAAAAGCAGUUAAUGAAAUUGAGGUGGUUUAUAAUCGUUUCAAAACGGAGUUAAAACGUCUGGGAAAAGACGAUGAACAGCUGCAUAAACGAAUUGAAGAACUGAAAAGCAGUGCUAAUCAGGUUUCAGAGCCUGAAAAAUUGGAAAGACAAAGGAAAAUUACAUACUUAAGGGAACAGUUAAAGGCAUUCCGUGAUGAAGAAAUAAUGAUUGCUCAGCAGAUGGAUCAGUUUCAGCAGGCUAUAUAUAGGUGUAGAGAAGAACAUGCCAGGGUCAGGAGAGAAAACACUGAUGCGCAACAAGCACUGGAUGCCAAGCAGAAACAGCUGAGAGAGCUGAAAGAUAGUAAAACAGAUACUUUGAAAAGAUUUGGACCACACAUACCAGGAUUUGUUGAAGCAGUUGAAACAGCUUAUAGGCAAGGGCGCUUUAAAAAUAAACCUCUUGGACCUAUAGGUGCUUUCAUUCAUCCAAAAGAUCCUGAACUGACCUUGGGUAUCGAAGCCUGUUUAAAGGGCCUAGUUCAUGCAUUUUGCUGUGAUAAUCAUAGCGACGAAAGAACUCUACAAUUACUGAUGACAAAACAUUACCCACGUGGAUUUAGACCUCAAAUAAUUGUAAAUAAAUUCCAGAAUAAAAUUUAUGAUGUUAGACAGAGAGCUGUUUAUCAUCCAGAAUUCCCAUCUGUACUGACAGCAUUGGAAAUAGAUCAUGUAAUGGUUGCCAAUUGUUUGAUCGAUGUGAGGGGUAUAGAAAAAGUCCUGCUAAUUAAAAGCAGCCGUAGAGCUCGUGAGGUAAUGCAGUCCAGUCGUCCCCCAACAAACUGUAAAGAAGCUUUCACUGGUGAAGGUGAUCACGUCUUUGAAAGACGGUAUUACUCUUCCAAUUACUCCAGACCCAAGUACCUCAGUCAAGAUGUUGAAGCAGAAAUAAGUCACUUGGAUAAAGAGAUUGAAAGCAAAAGGGCACAGUUGGCAGCAUCUCAGCAACAUUUACAUUCCAUUGAAAAUGAGAUUAGGCAAAAUGAAGAUCAUCUUUAUGGUCAUCGACGACACCAAAAAGAACUACAGAUAAAAAUAAGAACAGCAAAUGCAGAAAUAGUAGACCUUGAAAAUAUGGAAGAACACCAGUCAGUGGACAUCUGUAUCUUACAAAAUGAAGCUGAAGAAAAUAAGGCUAAGAUGGAAUCUGUAAAGGAAGACAUGCAACUACAAAGCAGAAAAAUGGAAAAACAGAAAAAUAUUCUCCUGGAAGCUGAAAAAAGAUUAAAAGAAGUGAAAGAAAAAAUUCAUGAAGUAGAAGAAGUUGCUGGCCCAAUUAGGGAUGAAUUAAACCAGGCUGAGUCAGAAAUGGAAAGCAGUAAACGCCAUUUGCAGCACUAUGCAGACAAACAGAAAGAACAUUUGGCCUGCAUCAGAAAGCACAAAGAAUUACUGGCUGCCAAAGAAAAGGAACUAGAGGAAAAAACAGCCCAAGCCAGGCAGAUCUACUCGGAGCGCAUCCAUGUCAGCAGGACUGUUAAGAGUCUUGAUGCAGAAAUGAAUCGCCUGAGAGAGAAGAUAAAAUCAGAAACUAGUCUCCAUGGAAACAGAGAAGAAAUAAUACAGCAAUUUCAUGAUGCAAAGGAAAGAUAUGAGGAUGCAAGCAGUAAAGUAAAGAAUUUAAAGAAAUUUUUUAGGGUGCUGGAAAGAAUCAUGGCAGAGAGAGUCAAAGCUUAUCAGCAAUUCCUACGUAUCCUUUCUAUACGAUGCAAAAGCAGCUUUGAGGGAUUAUUGCAUGUUCGAGCUUGCUCUGGAAAAAUACUUUUUGAUCACAAGAACGAGACACUUUCCAUAACAGUUCAGUUUGGAGAUGAAGAGAAAGCUUCCCUUACUGAUUUGAAAUCCUUAUCAGGAGGUGAACGUACCUUCUCUACAGUUUGUUACAUUCUCUCUCUGUGGAACAUCACUGACUCUCCUUUCCGAUGCUUGGAUGAAUUUGAUGUCUACAUGGACAUGCUUAACAGAAGAAUUGCCAUCGAUAUGAUUCUGGAGAGGGCUGAUUUUCAGCAGUAUCGACAGUUCAUUUUGUUCACCCCCCAAAGCAUAAGUUCUCUGCCUACGAUUCCCCAUAUUCGAAUCCUCUGCUUGCAAGACCCUGAAAGAGGCCAAAGACAAUUGAAUUUCCAAAAUGAGACAGGCCGUGAUGAAGAUCAAUAAGUAUCUCUUUGUGAAUAUGGCAUACUGUUGAGCACAAAUGUGGAAUAGUAUUUGUAAAGUUAUUGCUUCCUGAUGCUGAAGAAGGGGAUGUUUUGUUACAUACUCUCAGGAAGAUGUUUCUGUAUUGUUAUUAUUAUUUUUUAAAGAAUUCACUUUGUGUGUUCACAGACCAAGAAUAGAGAGAGUUUGUAUAAUGGGAAAAUUUUGAAUGUUCAGUUGAUAUUUUUAGCUACCAACUAAUAGAAUUUUUUUAUCAGUUGUUCUGUUUUUUCUUCUGGAAAAGUUGAAAUAUAUUUUGUAUAACUAUUGAGUAAUAUUUUAAUAAACAGUUUGAACUGAUACUUGUGGUAAUGUUUUAAUGUCUCUACACAUUUAGAAUUAGCAUUAGGUUAAAAAUACUGGUUUCUUCCUAGUUCUGCUUUAUUUCUUAAACAUGUGCUAAUUAAUACAUGCAGUAUAAUGUGUUUCAUUGAUUUUCCAUUGGAACCACAGCAGCUGAACAUGAGAAACUAUUAGUACUUAUGGUUUCAUAAGUAGAGAAGGGAAAAAUUUAUUUACAGUAUAUUCUCUGGGAGUGGAAACAAGUGCUUUUUUUUCUUUUCCUAAAGAGUUUGAGUUUUUUUGGACGUGAGCUUACAACACCUAGCAAGCUGUGGCUUUAUAAACUUAGAUUCUUAAUUCCAGUAAACUGAGUUCUUGUACACUCAGAGUUUCCAGAUGGAGAAUAAGUCUCUAGAUGUUCAUUGUAUUAGAACAAACUAUAGAGACAAGUCCUUCCAAUAUAGAGGAAUAGAGUAAGAAUUCUGGGAAAUAAUACAGUAAUUUUACUACAGCAUUGUAGACCUGUAUUUCCCAUAGUCCCACACUUCCUGGGACUGUGCUAGAGCACUUAAAAUAAACUUGAUUUAUUUAAAUAUUGCAAGCAUUUAUUGGGGAUAAGAGAGAGAAAAAAGAACCAGAUUUUUCAAAUUCCCCCAAAUUAACUUUUUUUCUCUCCUGUUCUUUUUUUGUCCAGGAACUUGAAAUUAUUGGCAGCUCUUCAAAAAAACCCACAUUUUAUAGAGUUCAGCUAUUAGACAUACUUUUUUCUUCUUCUUUUUUUUUUUUUUUUUUUAUGUUAUGGGGAUACAAAAGCCAUUAAGACUUCUCAGAGAACAAUAUUCUGCAGUUUUUGCAGUUUUUUACUGAAUAGCAGUUCCUCAGUAAAACCUUAUUGUAGUGUAAAUUUUAACUCAACUUUGUAGCAUAAUUUGUUUUCAGUUGCUGCACAGUAUUGUGUGUUUUUUAAUAUUGUUCAGUUUUUACACAAGCAGGUAUUAAAACUUACAGGUUUCUUUAAAAUAUGGAAGCUAGGUAAGACUUGAAGGAAAUACGCUUCAUAGAAUCAUAAAAUCAUAAAAUAUGCUGAGUUGAACCCUCAGGAUCAUGGAAUCCAACUCCUGGUCCUGCACAGGACAGCCCUGAGAAUCACACCAUGGGCCUGAGAGUGUUAUCCAAAUACUUCUUGAACUCAGACAGGCUUGGUGCUGUCACCACUUCCCUGGGGAGCCUGUUCCACUGCUCAACCACCCUCUGGGUGAAGACCCUCUUUCUAAUAUCCAACCUAAACCUCUCCUGGCUCAGCUUUGUGUUGUUUCCUUGAGUCCUGUUACUGGUCACAAGAGAGAAGAGAUCAGUGCCUGCUCCUCCUCUUCCCCUCAUGAGGAAGUUGUAACUGCAGUGAGGUCUGCCCUCCGUCUCCUCCAGGCUGAACAGAGCACGUGGCCUCAGCUGCUCCUCGUACAGCUUCCCUCCAGAGCCUUUGGAUGCUCUCUAAGAGCUUAAUGUCUUUUUUUUAUGUUGUGGCACCCCAACUUGCACUUAAUACUCAAGGUGAGGCUGCUGCAGAGCAGAGCGGGACAGUCCCCUCCCUUGACCAGCUGGGGAUGCUUUGCCUGAUGCCCCCCAGGAUACGGUUGGCACUCCUGGCUGCCAGGGCACUGCUGACUCAUAUUCAGCUGGCCACUGACCAGGACCCCCAGGUCCCUUCCCAUGGCACUGGUUUCCAGCAUCUCAUUCCCCAGUCCGUACACACAGCCAGGGUUGCACUGUUUCAGUGCAGGUUCUGGCGCUCACUAUUUUUGAACUUCAUAUGGUUGGUGAUUGCCCAGUCCUCUAUAAUUUUUCGAGGUCUCUCUUCAGGGCCUCUGUGUCUACAAGGGAGUCAACAACAUCUCCCAAUUUAGUGUCAUCAGCAAACCUAAUUAGUGUUCCUUUGAGUCCUGUGCCCAAGUCAUUAAUGAAGAUGUUGAAGAGAACUGGGCUGAGGAUGGAGGCCUGUGGAACCCCACUAGUGACAGGUCACCAGUUUGAUGUCACCCCAUUCACUGUAACUCUUUGUGCCCGACCCAUGACCCAGUUGUUCACCUAUUGGGUCACACGGUUAUUCAGCUGUGUGCUGGACAUUUUGUGAGAGAUAGUAUCAAAAGCUUUACUGAAAUCCAAGAAGAUGACAUCAGCUGGCCUCCCUUGAUCAGCUACGUGGGUUAUGUUUUCAUAAAGGGAAAUCAGGUUUGACAAGCAGGACUUUCCUCUCGUUAAGCUGUGCUGGCUGUGACCCAUGACUGCAUUGUCUUUCAGGUGUUUCUCAAUACCUCCCAGAAUAAUCUUUUCCAUGAUUUUACCAGGCACUGGAAGUGAGACUGACAGGCCUGUAGUUUCUGGGAUCCUGCUUCUUGCCCUUCUUGAAAACUGGGACAACGUUUGCUCGCUUCCUGUCAGCUGGGACCUCCCCAGAUUCCCAGGACCCCUCAAAAAUAAUUAUCAAGAGAGGUUUUGUGAUGACAUCCUCUUUGCAGAUUCUCAGAUGAAUCCCAUCAGGCCCCAUAGAUUUGUAGGAAUCCAGCUGGAGCAGCAGAUCCUGGACAAUUUCAGGAUCAACUGGGAGCUGAUCAUUCUCACAGUCAUUGUCCUCCAGCCCAGCCAUUGAGACCCCCCUUGGUCCGUCAUCCAUGUUGAAGACAGAGGCAAAGAAAGCCUCAAACACCUCUGCCUUGUCUCUGUCUCUGUUUGAGUUGACCAUCCUCAUCCUGUAAUGGACCAGUGCUAUUUCUACACUGACUUUUGCCAUUAAUAUCUUUUAUUGUCCCCCACAUUUCUGGCAGCUUCAACUCCAGUUCAGCUUUGGCUGCACAGAUCUUCUCCCUACCGUGUCAAGCAGAAUCUCUGCAUUCUUUCUAUGUCACUUGACCUUGCUUCCACUGGGUAUAUACCUUCCUACUUUGCCUUAUUUCCAAGGGAAGAUCCCUGCUCAGCCAAGCCAGCCUUCUGCCUCACCUGCUUGACUUCCAGCAUUUGAGAAUUGCCUCCUCACAGGGGACUUUACUUACUAAUUCCUUGAGCAGCCUGAAGUCUGCUCUCAUUGUGGCCAGACUUGAGGUUUUGCUGGCACUUUUCCUUCUGUUAACAGAGAUUUUUAACUCGAUCACUUCACGGUCAGUGUGGCCAAGAGGCCUCCAGUCUCCACUUUGCUCAUGAGAUCCGCUCUGUUGACAAGCAGCAGAUCGAGGAGGGCCUUUUUCCAAGUUGGCUUCUUAGGACCUAUUCCAAAAAGUUGUCAUCCAGGUUUUUUAGGAAUCUUUUGGCCCAGGCUGUACCAGCAGUGUGAUGUUCCCAGUUGAUUUCUGCCAAGUUGAAGAAGUCCAUAAGGACAAGGGCAGUUGACUUGGAAUUGUUCCUUAGUUCCUCAAAGAAUAAUUCAUUGGCAUCACUGUCCUGGCUGGGAGGUCUGUAGAAACUCCCACAAUGAAACCUUUUUUGUUUCAAACAUUAUUUGUUUGCCCCUUGCUUCUUACCCAGAGACUCUCAGCUGUGCCAUUGCCAACUGUGAGCUCCACACAGUCUAACCCUUCCAUUACAUACAGUGUAACUCUGCCUCCUCUGCCCUGCCUAUCCCUCCAAAAGAGUCUGUAACCUUCCAACAGGGCACUCCAGUCACAGGUCUCAUCCCAUCAGGUUUCACUUACGCCAGUGAUGUCAAAUCUCUGGGACUGGGCCAAAGCUCUGAGAUCAUUUGUUUAUUCCUCAUGCUGUGUGCUUUGGUGUAGAAACAUUUCAGGAGUGGUACAUUGUAGCCAACACCUCUUGAGGCAGAUUGAGGGAUUCCAUUAGUGCUCAUUUCCUCAAAUUUUGGCACUGGUUCAUCACUGGCAAGCCUGGUAUUUUCCCUUUCCUCCUUCCAAACUAAUUUAAAGCCCUGUGAGCUCUUUUCCCCCUCUGAGACAGAUGCAUCCUGUCAGGUGUCAGUAGACCAGGUGGCUGAGUAAACCAGGAGAGAUUGUUCAUGAUGAAGAUAAA